GUGGACUGAGGAGAGGUCUCCGUCUAAACAGCGGCAGGUGAGGAAGAGGAGGCACACGCCGUCUGGAUAUAUAUAUAUAUAUAAUAUAUAUAUUAUAUAUUAUAUAUAUAUAUAAAACACAGCUUGGAUGACACUUUGCUACAGCUUUCGUUCAGGGACUGCCGUAUGCCAUGUUAAAAUAAAGACCAGGACCACUGUGUUGACCAUGCUGAAGCGGUUGGACAAGAUCCGCUUCCGCGGCCAGAGACGGGAUGAAUUCCUGGAUCUUGCUGAGUCCCCCAACACGUCUGACAAUGAAUGUAGCGACGAGAUCCCGACCAAGUCUCGACCUUCCAUCAAAGACCCGGAGGAGCUACGAGACCCUGCUGGUGACCAGCUCCAACAAAUGGAUGUUCAAACUGGUCCUGGGACACUUGCUAUGGCUGCAGUCAUCCAAGACUUCCAGAGGACAGAGACUGACCGCCUCAACGAGGUCAAAGGCCAUCUUGAAAUUGCCUUACUAGAGAAGCACUUCCUACAGGAGGAGUUGAGAAAGCUGCGGGAGGAAACCAACGUGGAGACCCUCAAGCAGGAGCUGGAGAGGGAGCGAUCCAAACGCCUCGACCUGGAGCAGAGGAUGAAUGAAGUCCUGAAAACAAGACCUGAAGACUCACCUCCUCAGCCGCCCAAAGCACCACCUCCCACUGUCAAUGGUACAGAGAAGCAGAAGGAGACUUUGUACACAAGGUCGCAGAAAUGGCUUUACGACCGCUUCGGGGCCUACAUCGAAGACUUCCGCUUCCAGCCGGAGGAGAACACUGUGGAGACGGAGGAGCCGCUAAGUGCUAAGAGGUUAACGGAAAACAUGAGGCGACUCAAGCGAGGUGCCAAACCCGUCACCAACUUCAUGAGGAACCUCUCCGCCUUAUCCAGCUGGCACUCGGUUUACACGUCUGCCAUUGCCUUCAUCAUCUAUAUGAAUGCAGCGUGGCAUGGAUGGGCCAUCCCUAUGUUCCUGUUCCUCGCCAUCCUGAGGCUCUCCUUAAAUUACCUCAUAGCCAGGGGAUGGAGGAUCCAGUGGAGUAUUGUGCCUGAGGUCUCAGAACCAGUGGAGCCUCCUAAAGAAGACCUGACCGUUUCAGAGAAGUUCCAGCUUGUUCUCGACGUAGCACAGAAAGCACAGAACCUAUUUGGAAAGAUGGCAGAUAUCUUGGAAAAAAUAAAGAAUCUUUUCAUGUGGGUGCAGCCGGAGAUUACCCAGAAGCUCUACAUCGUACUGUGGGUGGCCUUCAUCUCCUCCUGCCUGUUCCCAUACAAACUGCUGGGCUUCAUAAUAGGUCUGUAUGCGGGGAUCAAAUUCUUCAUCAUCGACUUCAUCUUCAAGAGCUGCCCCAAGCUGAGGGACAAGUACGACACCCCGUACAUGAUCUGGACCAGCCUGCCCACUGACCCUCAGCUAAAGGAGCGCGGCAGUGCCACGCUGUCCAGACGGAUUCCACCCGCCGUAGGCCGUGGUAGCCUAGGGACAGCCCUGCCUAUGGGCAUCAGUCGAGACGACGACAGCGGGCGGGCCUACAACACCAAGAAAGGGGCUUUCCACGAGGUCUUCAACCUGUCCGAGAACGAGCGCCCCCUACCAGUGUGUGAGAACGGCUGGCGGUGUUGCUUGAUCAAUCGAGACAGAAAGAUGCCGACGGACUACAUCCGUAAUGGUGUGCUCUUUGUCACGGAAAAUUAUCUGUGCUUUGAAAGCUCCAGCUCCAGGUCUGGCUCUUCUAAAAAGAACAAAGUCAUCAAACUGGUGGAUAUCACUGACAUCCAGAAGUACAAAGUGUUGUCGGUGUUGCCGGGAUCUGGAAUGGGCAUCUCCAUAGCAACCCCAUCCACGCAGAAGCCUUUAGUUUUUGGUGCCAUGAUCCACAGAGACGAGGCCUUUGAAGCCAUCUUCACUCAGUACAUGAAGAUUCUCACCAUGUCCACAGCCACCAACCGGAGACCUAGUGCCCCCAAGUUGACAACAGUCACGGAAAAGACUUGAAAUGCACAAAGAUGGACGCCUUUUUUCGGUGACUUACCCAGGUGCGCAGGUUUGGGUUUUUUUUUUACAAAAAGGAAACUUCUCCAAUGACGGCCUUCACUUAUGACUCUUUUCAGCACACCCCGACAACUGACUUCGCCAUUGAUGCCCAUCCCUCGCCCUCGAACUUUUGCGUGACCCUCAAAGAGAGCAGCGUGGAUUCAUUUUUUUGUUUUUCCCCCCGUCUCCCCUUACUGGUAAGGGAGGUUCAGGAGUAUGGUUUACGGUUCCACAGUGUUUUCCAACAAAAUGAGCGACGAAUCAACACUUCAUUGUUCACGUAGAUGUUUACCUAUUCUGGGGCACAGGUAGAAUUGUACGUGUGUGUGUGUGUGUGUGUGUGUGUGUGUGUGUGUGUGUGU